CUGGGUGUUGUUAUAAUUCCUCUUAUUAGAACAUUCGCAGGACAUCUUGACUGGGUAUUCGACUAUCUCACUGGAGUGAGGGGGAAAAUAGCUAUUGCUGUGUACAUCGCUAUUAUCAAUGGCUUCUUGCUUAUCAUAUACAAGGGACCUCUAUAUAAGGUAAGAGCUAGCUAACUAACGUCUGAAAGAAGAUGGCUAGCUGUAACGUUAGCUAAGCUACUUAGAUAGCUAGCCGUCUUGAGUUCAGUUUUAUUUGCCAAAACGGCAGCCAGCUAGCUAGGCAUUAGCUAUCUAAAUUAUCAUUACAUUUUCAUUGCCCCUCUUCUUCCUAAUAUGUUGAGCUAGCUAGCUGGCUAAUCCUAUUAUCUGAAUUGGAUUGAGACAGCUGUCACCUUGAUUGGCUAAAGAUAGAGCCCUAAACUGUAAAUUAGAUAACACUAUUGAAGUUAGUUAGAUAUGCUAUGCCUAAGAUUAUGUUAUUGUGUUAGCUAUUGAUUUGGAGCCAGCUUUCUACUUGUAAAGUUAGAUAACUAGCUAGUUUCACAAGUUACAUUUACAUUAUUUAGCAGACGCUCUUAUCCAGUUGAAGGUAGAAAUGUUACAUAAGCUUACUCUUCUUUCUCCCAGGUUGCUGUGCGAGCCUGCUUCCUUGGCUUUACUUUUGGGUGUGGCUUGAUCAUAAGCUUUUCCCAAACCACAUGGACACACUUUGGCUGGUAAGCAUCCAACAACUUCUUGCAAAAUGUUUCUUAAACAGAACGAAAUGGGGAGGUACCUACCUGCGUUUGUCCAAUAGAAACUCUAGUUUUGCUCUGUUUGCUUCCGUUUGGUUCUUAAACGGUAAACGGUUUCCGUAAUGAAUACACCCCUGUACAUGCUCUCUCCUCUUUCUCUCUCUCCCAUGCACUCUGGGCUUGUUCGAUAUUACAGGCGACUGCUGACUGACAGAUCUACAAAGAACCUUGUAUCAUAAAUAACAACUCAUUAUUAUUUGUAGAUCAGUCAGUCACAAUUUACCCAUGAUACAUUACGGUUUUGAUCCUCUCGAACACUGCCUCUCUCUCUCACGUACACACACACACACACACACACAAUACUAACCGUUAGUUUGAUACCUGUUAUGCAUAGUUCUCAGUCAAUGCAUGUCUUUGCAGGUACAUGUGCUCCUUGUCUUUCUUCCACUACUCCGAGUACCUGGUGACGGCCAUCAUUAACCCCCGCAGCCUGUCUCUGGACUCAUUCCUUCUCAACCACAGUGUGGAGUACACCGUGGCUGCUGUGUCCUCAUGGGUGGAGUUCACCAUAGAGAAGCUCACUGUCCCAGGUCUGUCCUUCAUAACACACUUGGGCUCAAUGGGAAAGUUCCAGCCUGACUACAUUGCUGGCGUUGCAUUGCAUCAACCAAUGAUUGUGUGCCACGUCAUCAACUGCAGUCGGGCAGGCUUCUACGAUGUAGUCAGGCUGGAACGCAGCCAAUAACUUUUCAAUGUCUCAGUUGAAAUGGGCAUGACAGGUAGCUUAGUGGUUAAGAGCAUUGUGCCAGUAACCGAAAGGUUGCUGGUUCUAAUCCCCGAGCUGACUAGGUGAAAAAUCUGUUGAUGUGCCCCUGAGCAAGGCACUUAACCCUAAUUGCUCCUGUAAAUUGCUCUGGAUAAGAGUGUCUGCUAAAUGACCAAAAAAAAAAAAAAAAAAACGUUGUCACAAUAGGAGUUAAAUGUCUCAAUAGGCUGUGAAUGUUGUGUCUCAGAGCUGAAGCAGCUGAGCUGGCUCAGCCUGGUGGGUCUGGUGAUGGUGCUGUGUGGGGACUUCCUGCGUAAGUCUGCCAUGCUGACGGCCGGCUCCAACUUCAACCACAUCGUCCAGAACGAGAAGGCCCAGAGCCACGUGCUGGUCACGGAUGGGGUCUACGCCUUCUUCAGGCACCCCUCCUACGUGGGAUGGUUCUACUGGAGCAUUGGCACACAGGUACCGGCCUAUUCUGUCAAUAGCUAAGGAAACUCUUGAAUGGCACAGCAUGGGUUGCAAAAUUCUGGAAAUGUUCCCAGAAUUCCCAGAUUUUUCAGAAAUCCCAGUUGAAUUAUUCCUUGAAUCAGGAGGGAAGAAACAGGAAAUCCGGAAUCUUCCAACUGUAAUUUCUGGAAAUCCUUGCAAUCUUGGGAAAGUUACCAGAAUAUUGCAACCCUUGUCACAGCAAUAUUAGCAUGCAGGCUAAUAUAUAAGCUAAACUCUGUUCCCUUUUAAGAAUCCAGACAUGUUUGUUUCUUAAACAUGUUCCAGUCAAGCCCAUUAACACUGAUUUCACUUUUCUGUGUCCAAUGUUCCAGGUGAUGCUGUGCAACCCUGUCUGCAUCGCGGGCUACACUAUGGCAAGCUGGCGCUUCUUCCGUGAACGGAUCGAGGAGGAGGAGCUUUCUCUCAUCCAUUUCUUCGCAGAGGACUACCUGGAGUACAAAAAGAAGGUGGGCACCGGCCUGCCCUUUAUUUCAGGCAUCCGCAUCAACAGCUCC